CAUUGCGUCUGGUAUAAAGACACGCUUACAUACUCUUGUCUUUUGUGUGCAGGAGACCUGACCCUUCUCCUGCACUCAAUACAUUCUGUGUAUUCAAAGAACAUUUGUUGACAAAUAAAGUAUGACCCGCGGAAAUUUCUACGUUAAAUUACUUAAUAAUUCUAACCAGUUGAAUAGACAAUAAGUUGGGAGUUUUCUUUGAAACAGGGAAGUAUCUAUAACAUCAACAUUCGUCUCCUUGUCAUUUCAUAGUUACAGAUGCAACUCGGUACAAGAUGGAUUAUUUCCUUACAUGCCUUGUCUGGUUGUCCCAACAAAUCUACCAGAUCAGUGCAACUAUUGAGGGAGGAUACUUUCAGAAAAUGUCACCAAAAGUCUGUGGUCCACAACGACUGGGUAUUGGCUGGUCAAGUAGGUCAAGGAUGACAUGUGUGGCAGAGUGUAGACAAAAGUUUGGUAACCAAUGUUUUGGUUUUCUGUACAACCAUCAGACAAAUCAGUGUAUACCUACAGCUGGUCUUAGUCCGAACUGGACACCUCCUACAGCAGACGAAGGAUCCUUUUACUUUCAAGAUGUUUGCAACGCGUAUCCAGACUUCGGACAACUGUCUAUGGGCUACAACACUUUAACAGUCGGCUGGUUCAGUAACCCCCUCAACUACAGUCAGGCUGGCAGGUCCUGUGCAUGUUUGAACGCUCGCCUAUUCGUAGCCAACGAAACCAACAGGCUGCUUAUCUACCAGGCUGUAGCUUUUGGUGUCACUUCCGCCUGGUUAGGUCUGGAUGACAUCAUCUCAGAGAAUACUUUUAUUUGGGCUGACGGACAACCGUUUGACAGUUACAUGGAAGAGCAAAUAUUUGGAUUGUUUUACUUUAAUAGUGACACUGAAGACUGUGUAGCCAGACAUCAAUUGAAUAACUUUUUCUCAGAAACAUAUUGCUCCUCAAAACUUCCUUAUAUUUGUGAGAAACCCAAGUGUGAGAUUCCUGCAUAGACCAAACAUUUAGUUACGGUCUGGGGUUUAUCAUUUUAUCAUGAAUGAUUUUUUUUAUAUCUCAUUUUUUUUCUUCUCUCUCGAUCUCACUUUCUUCCUCCACCGCUAUUAUUGUGUUCUUAUAUCUUCUUAUCAAUUCUUUGUUUUAUUCAUGAUAGGAUAAUAAGGCUUAAUGAGGAAUGGAGUAUUUCCCGUGGCUACGGAGCCCCAGCCGUGACCUACAUAUUUUGCCAACUGUCGGACCUAUAGUCUCUCUAUACUGUCCAUACCGGUGUUCGCAGGACAUCGCUGUUUGUAGUGCGGUCUUACCAGCGUAUGCCCAUGAUGGAGCGCAAACAUUUUUGGUGAAAGCUUUGAAGUAGUCCUAGUUGCUUUCUGUAUAAUGCCCAUGUCUCAGAUAGGAGGGUUCAGAGAACCACUGCUUGGUAGACAUUGAUUUUUGUAGGCAGGCGGAGCGAUUUAUUCCACCAAACUCUUGCCUGGAGGCAUUACUGGCCCUGACCAGAUGGUGAUCAACUUGCAUUGAAAGCGAGGCGUCAUUUCAUACUAUGCUUCCUAGAUGAUAGGAUGGAUACAAACAAUAAUAAUGCCGUUGAUAGAGCGAUUGUAAGGAACUAAUAUACGUUGAAUCAUAUAAGUUUAACACUUUGAACAAAUAAGAUAGAUCCAAAACAGUGAAGUCCUAAUGUUGUUGAGGCUUGUUAUCUGUCGCAACUUUAUAGGGAUCGAGUUCCAAAACUAUUAUCAGAUAUGGCUAAAAAUGUAGGGUUUGUUCCCUUUGAUAAGUGUAUUUCUCUCACACUCAUUCUCGGAUCAAGUUGAAACUUUAAACACUCAAUUAUUCUAUUUAACAAAAUAUGAAUCAAUUUAAAAAGUAACCAAUUAAUCAAUUAAUUAUUAGUAAAUCAUUUAUUUGAAUAUGAAAGAAGAGAAAUAACGCCUUGAGCUGUUCCACUUAGAUAAGCUUUUUUCAUUUUUAAAGGAAUUUUAAAAAUAUUUUUCUUGAUAAUAAAUAUAUAUUUGUUUUAAA